AUGUCUUCCACAGAAACUUCCGUUGAUCCUCAAGUUGCAUAUAAUUUAAUUACUAAAAACCUACAAGAAGUUUUAAAUCCACAAAUCAUUAAAAAUGUUCUUGAGGUUGAAAAAAGACCAUUAAAGUUAUAUUGGGGGACCGCCCCAACGGGUAAACCACACUGUGGUUAUUUUGUUCCAAUGACGAAAUUAGCGCAUUUCUUAAAGGCAGGCUGUGAGGUAACAGUGCUUGUAGCUGAUUUACACGCAUUCUUAGACAAUAUGAAGGCACCAUUAGAAGUAGUUAACUACAGAGCCAAAUAUUAUGAACUAACCAUUAAAUCUAUUUUAAGAUCAAUCAAUGUUCCAAUAGAAAAAUUGAAAUUUGUUCUCGGCUCAUCCUACGAGUUGACUCCAGAAUAUACAUUAGAUGUAUUCAAACUGGCCAACAUCGUCUCACAGAAUGAUGCCAAAAGGGCUGGUGCCGAUGUUGUUAAACAAGUUGCCAAUCCAUUGUUGAGUGGUUUAAUUUACCCAUUGAUGCAAGCAUUAGAUGAAGAAUACUUGAAAGUUGAUGCACAAUUCGGUGGUGUUGAUCAAAGAAAAAUUUUUGUCCUUGCCGAAGAAAAUUUGCCAAGUCUAGGUUACAAAAAGAGAGCUCACUUGAUGAACCCAAUGGUUCCAGGUCUAGGUCAAGGUGGCAAAAUGUCUGCUUCUGAUCCAAAUUCUAAGAUUGAUCUUUUAGAAGAACCAAAUGUUGUUAAAAAGAAAAUCAACAGUGCAUUCUGUAGUCCAGGGAAUGUCGAAGACAACGGUUUAUUAUCAUUCAUCGAAUUUGUUGUGAGUCCAAUUCAGGAACUAAAAUAUGGUGAAGACCACUUUAGCUUCUUUAUUGACAGACCAGAGAAAUUUGGUGGUCCAAUCACCUACACAUCCCUUGCUGAGUUAAAACAAGAUUUCAAAGAGGAAAAAUUAUCCCCACCAGAUUUGAAGAUUGGUGUCACUGCCGCAAUUAAUGAACUAUUAGCACCAAUUAGGGAAGAAUUUGCCUCUAACCCAGAAUUCCAAGAAGCAGAAAAGAAAGGUUACCCAGUAGAAGUCAAGGUUAAAAAGACAAAGAAACCAAAAAACAAAGGAACAAGAUACCCUGGUGCCCAAAAACAAGAACAAAGCGCAGCUAACUCUAAAGAAGCAACCGUUGAAAAAGUUGCUGAACUAAUAGAAAAAACUUCCAUUUAA